AAACAGUAGAUUAUGCCAGUAAAUUUUUUAGUAAGCAACCAUAUGGAAACUAAAUUUAUGUACAAAAUUUAUAUAUAAAUUUAUUGGGUUGCUUAAGGUCACUAAAGUUCAUGUACUCUUUCUGGUGUGCCUGUGCGUUAGCAGAAGAUGUUAGCCUGUGAUAUCUUUACAUAAUUUUCUUCGUUCUGCAGGUUAAGUUAUUUUGCAAAUUAGUCUUUGGCAGACUUUUGCUAUAAGAAGGAGAUCUAUUUGACUGCGUUCGUUCCUAAACAACAUAUUCUGACUGCGAAACUGAUUUGUUUAUUUAAAAUGGGUAAAUUUGUAUUAGUGCUACUUAUCACGAUGUUUGUGAUUAUUGUUAGUACCAUGCCUACACAAGCUGCUAUAGCUCCGCACAAACAUGAACGACACAAUAGCAAAGAACGAACUAAGGAUGGAAUUUAUUUGCCGAAAGAUGCUCAUCAUCAUAGUGAGAAUGGGGAACACAAUGUAGAAUUCGAUCAUGAGGCUAUUAUUGGUAACGUAAAAGAAGCGCAAGAAUUUGAUACGUUGUCACCGGAAGAAUCCAAACGCCGUCUAGGAAUUCUUUUAAAAAUGAUGGAUUUAAAUGGAGAUGAGCACAUUGAUCGCCAUGAGUUACGAGCUUGGAUUUUAAGGUCUUUUAAAAAAUUGUCAGAGGAAGAAGCUGCUGAUCGUUUUGAGGAAAUUGAUCAAGAUGGUGAUGAUAAUAUAACAUGGAAAGAAUAUUUACAAGAUGUUUAUGCUAUGGAAGAUGAAGACUUUAAAAAGGAAGUAAUUGAUUUUGAUAGUUAUGAAGAAGAGCACAAAAUGAUACAAGACGAUAAAGAAAUGUUUGCUGCCGCAGAUAUAAAUAAGGAUGGUGUGCUAAAUGCUGAAGAAUUUGUUCAUUUUCAAAAUCCGGAAGAACAUCCACAGAUGCUACCCAUUGUGUUAGAGCAUACAAUGCGUGAUAAAGAUCUCAAUAAUGAUGGUAAAAUUGAUUUUCAAGAAUUUAUUGGUGAAGCUGGAAAUCAACAUGACAAAGAGUGGCUUAUUGCUGAAAAGGAACAUUUUGAUAACGAUUUAGAUAGCAAUCACGAUGGUGUGCUGACAGGCAAUGAAGUUUUAAAUUGGGUAGUUCCUAGUAGUGAAGAUGUGGCUAAAAACGAAGUUGAUCAUUUGUUUGCUUCAACAGAUGAAGAUCAUGACGAUCGUUUAUCAUUUUUAGAAGUUAUAAGAAAUUACGAAACUUUUGUUGGAAGCGAAGCAACAGAUUAUGGGGACCAUUUACAAAAUAUUCAUCAUUUUUCCGAUGAGCUAUAAAUGUUCAAAACUGAUUUAAUUAUUUAAUGUUUUACUUUAAUAAUAUU